GCCACUCCAGAUGUAGUCCAGUACAUUCCAAAGCCCAAAGAAAAAUGGGAUGAUAGAGAUUGCAAAAAGCACAAUCUGGACAACGUCGCCAAAGCAGCCAUCUUCAAGACACUUGAUCCCAUCACCUUCUCCAAAAUUAAGCAUCUCAAGACUGCCAUGGAGAUUUGGCAAGGUCUUGGGAAGCUAUGUGAGGGAUCAGAGGACCUGAGAAAGCAGAAGAUAGAAGUCUUGCUUGAGAAGUUUAAAAGCUUCAAAAUGCUUCCCGGAGAAUCAUUUGAUAUGUUGGAUGAAAGAUUCCACAAGAUAUUGAAUGAUCUUGCAUCACUUAACAACGUUCUUUCUCCCAAAGAAAAGAAUGUAAGGUUGCUGAGAUCACUUCCAACUGAGUGGUAUACCAAAGCCACAGCCAUGGAAGAAGGAAGAAACCUGGAGAACUACACUGUCCAAGGUCUCCUUGACGAGCUCAAAACCUAUGAGCACGAGCUGAAGAAGAAGAAGGAAGAACAAGUCACUCCCUUCCCCACGGCAUUGAUGACAACUCCAAGAGUCCCAUCAAGUGAAGGGACAUGCCCAAGAAGGCCAACCAAGGGAAAGCCACAAGUAAGUGACUCCCCUCCUGAAUCUUAUUUGUGUUAUAACUGCAGGAAGCCUGGCCAUUGGAAGUCAGCAUGCCCGUACCCAAAGGUUGAGAAGUACGGAGAAAGAGAAAGAAACGAGAAGAAAAAGAAGGCAAUGGUUGCUGCUGAGAGUGAUGAGUCAUCCAGCUCAAGCUCGGAUGAAGAAGCCCUCGUUUGCAUGGAGCGCAGAGUUGAAAAGUCCAACCAUGAGGAUAGGUGGACUAUGUCAGAAGAUGACACUCUCUGCCUAAUGGCCAAAGAUGAUGCUGAUCAAGAGGUAACCUCACAAACCUCCUGCUCAUCUUCUUAUGAAAGCAUACCAACUUCUGAAAAUCUUUUUGACCAGUUCAAAAAGAUGAUGGAAGAUUUUGAGGAAAUAAAUCUCA